UACACAGAAAGAAGACACUCAUGGAAGUUGUUAGUUUUCAUGGAGUUGCUGUUAAUAUUGAUGCCUCGAGUGGUGUGCAAGGAUCCUAGCCUUCAAUGUGACCUUCAGGAGCCUGUUCCUAUUCGUCACACGUAUCAUCAGCUUGGAGACAUCAACAUUGCUGGCAUUAUAUCUGCAUUGUUUACAUUUUCAGAUCCCAUUGAUUUCAGUCAACAUCCUUCUCAGGCACUUCAGGAGGGAGCUGUAAUAUAUUUUCAGAAUUACCAGCAUGUCCUGGCUUUAGCGUUUACUCUAAAAGAGAUCAAUAAACAUUGUCAGAUCCUACCCAAUGUCACGUUGGGCUUCCAUAUUUUUAACAGCCAUUUCAGUCCAAGCUGGACUUACUUCAACGUUUGGCUACAGUGA